GGUUUCCAACUUUGGCAGCUCUCCCACCCGCACCCCUAAGGGGCAGGUCCGAACACAUCCCUGGGUGUGAGUAAACGGGAAGAAAUUAUCACACUCCAGCGGAGGACGCAAGCGCGCCGGACUUGAAGGGAGCGGCGGCCAGCUCUCGCUCCUGGCACAAUGGGCUGUACGCUGAGCGCCGAGGACAAGGCGGCGGUGGAGCGGAGUAAGAUGAUCGACCGGAACCUCCGCGAGGAUGGCGAGAAGGCGGCGCGCGAGGUCAAGCUGCUGCUGCUUGGUGCUGGUGAAUCUGGGAAAAGUACAAUUGUGAAGCAAAUGAAAAUUAUCCACGAAGCUGGUUAUUCAGAAGAGGAAUGUAAACAGUACAAAGCAGUGGUCUACAGUAACACCAUCCAGUCAAUUAUCGCUAUCAUUAGGGCCAUGGGGAGGUUGAAGAUAGACUUCGGUGACUCGGCCCGGGCUGAUGAUGCCCGCCAACUCUUUGUGCUUGCUGGAGCUGCUGAGGAAGGUUUUAUGACUGCAGAACUUGCUGGAGUUAUAAAGAGAUUGUGGAAAGACAGUGGUGUACAAGCCUGCUUCAACAGGUCCCGAGAGUACCAGCUUAAUGAUUCUGCAGCAUACUAUUUGAAUGACUUGGACAGAAUUGCACAACCAAAUUAUAUCCCAACUCAACAAGAUGUUCUCAGAACCCGAGUGAAAACUACAGGAAUUGUUGAAACCCAUUUUACUUUCAAAGAUCUUCAUUUUAAAAUGUUUGAUGUGGGAGGACAGAGAUCUGAGAGGAAGAAAUGGAUUCAUUGCUUUGAAGGAGUGACCGCCAUCAUCUUCUGUGUGGCACUGAGUGACUAUGACCUGGUUCUAGCUGAAGAUGAAGAAAUGAACCGAAUGCAUGAAAGCAUGAAGUUGUUUGACAGCAUAUGUAACAACAAAUGGUUUACAGAUACAUCUAUUAUACUUUUUCUAAACAAGAAGGAUCUCUUCGAAGAAAAAAUCAAAAAGAGCCCUCUCACUAUAUGCUAUCCAGAAUAUGCAGGCUCAAACACAUACGAAGAGGCAGCUGCAUAUAUUCAAUGUCAGUUUGAAGACCUCAAUAAAAGAAAGGACACGAAGGAAAUAUACACCCACUUCACAUGUGCCACAGAUACCAAGAAUGUGCAGUUUGUCUUUGAUGCUGUAACAGAUGUCAUCAUAAAAAAUAAUCUAAAAGAUUGUGGUCUCUUCUGAGUUUUGCAGUAAAUGGUAAAAUGCAUUUUCAAACCAAAUGAGUACUUAUAUGUGGAUCUCUCUACACUAGAGUCUUGCAGCAACACAGAAUGUAGUAUAUGGGAAGUGCAUCUGGGACCUGACCAAAAUUGGGGUUUUUUUGUUGUUUUUUUUAACUGGAAGUAAUGGAAGGUCCUUUCUUAAAUGUGAGAGGUGGUCCUGCAGUGUGAAACUAAGGGCAGUGUUAAAGCUGGACUCUAGUGUAUUGAUGACUUCUGUGUAAGUGUAAAUAUGCAAAUGUAUGUAUACAUGUAUUUAUGACUUUAGUUUUCCACAUUAUUUUUAGGUAUUAAGAGUGGCAACUUAUGAUUUUAGCGUGAUGGCUUGGGAAAUAACAGAAAUAUUAAGUACUUUGUACUGAAAGACUAUUAUGUUUGCCAGUUUUGAACAGCUUUAUUUAUGUUCAUGUCCUGUAAAUUUUUAAGAACAAUAAUUAAUAUUAGGACACAUUGCAGCCCUUGUCUUGAUUAUAUGUAUACUUGUAAUCAUAAAAAUGAUAUUUGUACAAACAUUGCACAGACUAUUUUAAUAACAUGAUUUGUUCUUUAAAUUUAAUGUGUUUUAUUGAAACGUUCUUGAAGUGGAGGAGUAUACCUGCCUUUGGAUCAGUUAAACAUUGUAUGCAUUUCAGUUUUUCUUUUAAGAAUGCAUGCUAAUCUGAUUCUACAUUAGAUUUGGUUUGAAAACAAAUUUCAGAUUUUUGAGGAUAUACUUACAGACUUAUUAUAAAUUCUUAAUUUUUAUUCGGUUGGUUUGUUUUCACUUUGAAUUUUAAUAUUUGGAUGGUAUUCAUGCAUUGCCUUAAAGGUGAUGCCAGAUUUUUAUACACUUUAAAUAACUACAUUUUUAUUUAUAACUAAGUUUAGGUGGGUGUGAGAGCAUUUUUGUGGGUAAAAAAUAAGUUAGCAUAAUGAAUUUUGAGACAUUCAUUUGCGUAUUUCCUUUGGGAAAUCCCUUGUACCUACUAUACGUGAUAGCUCCUUGUUUAGAAGAUAACAAGAAGGAUCUUUGAAUAUUCUGCUGAUGAUAAAAUGCAAGCUUUAAAUUCAUAUAUGUAAGUAAGUAACUAGUUUCAAGUUUAAUUAUCACGCUAUCUUAAAAUUACUUUUUUCCCUUAGAUUAUUCAAAUUUCCUCCACUUGCUUGAGUUGGUAUUAUUUCUUUUUAAACUGGGCUAUUAUUUCUGAGAAUGAAAUGGGCAAUUACACUUAGAAAAUGAGUAACAGGAUUUAAUUAAGUCAGUGAUUGUGUGUAUCCUCAAGUAAGUGUUACAUUUCUGCUAGAUACUGAAUUUUGAUAGUCAUUUUUAAUUAUUCAUGGUGUGUCUCUAUGACCUUGUUUCAGCAAAGUGAACAGCAUUCCAUACCCUACUUCUCUUUUUUACUCAUCUUGAAAAAGUUAGUCUUUCAGUAAGCUUCAUGGGUAAGUAGUUUCUAAA